GCUCAUGCGCAGAACGUAUGUAUGUAAAAGCUGAAUAUAUAUAAAAUUAAAUUAGACCACUCUUCUUGAAUAGGACCAAAAAAUCAUUUACGUUAUGCUUUAAAGAACCCCUCAUACAUGUUUCGCGCAUACGAGCUAGAUAGUGGUUGUAGGAUCGACUAGUCACGACUAGCUAGUGCGGAUAAGCGAGUACGCAAGUGCGCGCACCGGGACCUCUCUUCUUCAAUAGUACCCAUUCAUAAAGCGAAUAUCACACCCUCUUGACAGAACAGAAAUUUCUUCAUUCCGAUGUGCCUUCGAUAUUUUUUGUGGACUAAAGGAAAACGAUGUAACUCUGAGGACAUUCAUCGAUACAUCAACCUCUUUAUAUGAAGAAAGAUCUAUGGAACAAUACGGCAAAAUAUUUCUUCUGGAAGAUGGAGUUAACAGCAGCAAUUUUGUGUCGAUGCUGUUUGGAAUAUAGAUGAGACGAUUGUUUUACAGGUUAAUUAAACAAAGUAGUUGACAGUUUUCACCAACUGAUGUAGAUCAAAGAAACAGCAGCAUUACAUCAUUCUCUGAAAAUAGUAACACAACUGAACACAAACAUAUUGAUGGAAAUGGAAAAGAUACUUUCACAGUGAUAUGUACGAUAAAUUAUGCACUCGAAAUGCAUCAUUUAACUAAACCAAAAAACACUGAUGCAGGAGAAAAGCCAUAUCAUUGUGAAAUCUGUGGUAAAUCAUUCUCUGAAAGUAUUCAAUUGACUAAACACAAACGUACACACAGAGGAGAGAAGCCAUAUCAUUGUGAUAUCUGUGGUAAAUCAUUCUCUCAAAGUUAUACCUUGACAAGACACAAACUUAGACAUACAGGAGAGAAUCCUUAUAAUUGUGAUAUCUGUGGUGAAUCAUUCUCUCAAAGUGAUCAUUUGACUAAACACAGACGUACACAUACUGGAGAGAAGCCAUAUCUUUGUGAUAUCUGCUGUAAAUCGUUCUCUCAAAGUAGUCAUUUGACUAAACACAGACGUACGCAUACAGGAGAGAAGCCUUAUCAUUGUGAUGUCUGUGGUAAAUCAUUCUCUGUAAAAUAUCACUUGACAUCACACAAACGUACGCAUACAGGAGAGAAGCCUUAUAAUUGUGAUAUCUGUGGUAAAUCAUUCUCUCAAAGUAGUCAUUUGACUAAACACAUACGUACACAUACAGGAGAGAAGCCUUAUCGUUGUGAUAUCUGUGGUAAAUCAUUCUCUGAAAGUGGUCACUUGACUGCACACAAUCGUACGCAUACAGGAGAGAAACCAUAUCAUUGUGAUAUCUGUGGUAAAUCAUUUUCUGCAAGUAGUGACUUGACUAAGCACAAACGUACGCAUACAGGAGAGAAGCCUAACUUAUCUAUACAUGAAUGA